GCCUAUAAUCAUCUCUGCCAUCCAUGAAAACAAAUUGUAUGACAAGGCUCAACUAUAGACUGAGGUCACUGAAACAACAGUUUCUUUUACAGACUCCAAAUUCUUCCAUCUUACUGUUGCCUCUUGAUGUUACAGCUGCAUUGGGUUUUGACCUCAUAUCAGACAUCAGAUAUAGUGUCUUUGCAUGAUUCCAUUAUGACCAGCAUUUACCUUUUUUUCAAGACGUUUACCUUUUUUUCAAGAAAUAACUAAAUAUAAAACAUCUGGAUCCUACUUUUGAGCAUUUGUCACAUUUUCCUGCAGCGAAAUUACAGGUUCUUCUUCUUCUUUAUAUCGACAUCAACAUUUCUCUGCAUAUAUGUCUUCACAUUUUCAUGGCUGAACAUUAUUACCGAAAUGAAUCACCACCAAUACACCAUUUGGAAGGCAAUGAAAUGUGAGAUUCUAUCUCCUAUGCUCAUAGUAUACACCUUCAUCGUAGUGUGGUUUGUUGGUGGUCUCACUGUUUUCCACUUCUAUCUAAUCUGCACAAAUCAGACGACUAAUGAGAACUUCCGAUGGCGCUACGACAAGAAACAUAAUCCCUAUGACAAGGGUUUCUUGAGAAAUUUUGGUGAUGUAUUUUUGUCAGAAAUCCCACCUUCAAUGCAUGAUUUCCGAUCAUGGGUGACUGAAGAAACAAUACAAGUUGAAUUUUAUACCCCAAACAUUGAUGCAGAUGUCAUAAGCCCGACGGAGAAUAUUGACAUAGAAAUCAGCACAGAACCUGCAAUAGAUGAUAAUUUGUCUGUUCCAAGCAUACAGCAGAAUUUUGAUUGCAGUAGCAAUGAUGCAUUAGAUCCUUCUGUUCAUCCUGUCACCCAGAAUCCUUCUUUUCAUGCACCAACACAUUCUAUGGAAAGCUAUGAUGGUGAAAAUGGAAUGCCUACAGAUGAAACAAAAGGUGAGGAUGUUGGUGGACCUGUAAAAGAUGAAAGUGUCACUAAGCAUAGCUGCUCAAAUAUGGUCGUAACUCCUGUUGAGGAUGUUGACAUGCGAUCCACAUGAGGAUUAAGAUAUGUGCAUUCUGAUUCAGUUCUGAAGAUCCAACUUUCUUGUGGUGUAUACUCUUGAGAUCCAACUUUUUGUUCUUCUAAUUGAGCAGCAGCAAAAUUCCAAAUAUGAAACUCUAAACCAGACUGCAGUACAUCCAAGUGUCAGAGAAGACACUAGAGAUGCUCAUCUAAAUAUGUGAUUUGUCUAUAAUCAUGAACUAUUGUGUCUGUUGGACAAUAUAUGGUAUUCAAAGAUGUUAUUAUAGUGGACAUUUACCAACUGUUUGAGAGAACUCAAUACAAUUAUCUCUGCAACAUUGGUGGGAUCUCCUUCCCUCCACCUUUUCCUCGAUGCAUAUGUUCAUGCAGCAUUUACCAUCAUGCUUGCAGACAGUAUGUUUCUUACACUUAUAUCAACACCCAGAAGAAUCUAUCAAAAGAUCAUAACAGCAAUCAAAUUCUUUUCCUUGAAAUCAGUA